GCGGCUUGUUUUUUUCACUUCAGUCUCCGGGCUCCCGACUCGGCGCGAUGCUUGGAGACCCCUGUGGGGGCGGGGACAGAGGUGGCCUCCAGGUCCGAUGAAGUCAGUGAGCCCCUGGCCGCGUCGCAGCGCCCUGCGCCCCGAUGGCGGCUCCGUCGUGGGACCCCCUGCGCAAUGACUCUCUGCCGCCCACUCUGACCCCGGCGGUGCCCCCGUACGUGAAGCUCGGCCUCACCAUCGUCUACACCGUGUUCUACUCGCUGCUCUUCGUGUUCAUCUACGUGCAGCUCUGGCUGGUGCUGCGCUACCGCCACAAGCGGCUCAGCUACCAGAGCGUCUUCCUCUUUCUCUGCCUCUUCUGGGCCUCCCUCAGGACCGUCCUCUUCUCUUUCUACUUCAGAGACUUCGUGGCGGCCAAUUCGCUGAGCCCCUUCGUAUUCUGGCUGCUCUACUGCUUCCCUGUGUGCCUCCAGUUCUUCACCCUGACGCUCAUGAACUUGUACUUCGCGCAGGUGAUUUUCAAAGCAAAGUCAAAAUAUUCCCCAGAAUUACUCAAAUACCGAUUGCCGCUGUACCUGGUGUCCCUCUUCAUCAGCCUGGUGUUCCUGCUGGUGAAUCUGGCCUGUGCAGUGCUGGUGAAGUCAGGGACCGGGGAGAGGAAGGUCAUCGUCUCAGUGCGUGUGGCCAUCAACGACACGCUCUUCGUGUUGUGUGCCGUUUCUCUCUCCCUCUGUCUCUACAAAAUUUCCAAGAUGUCCUUAGCCAACAUCUACCUGGAGUCUAAGGGCUCCUCCGUGUGUCAAGUCACAACCAUUGGGGUGACAGUCAUCUUGCUGUGUGCAUCGCGAGCCUGCUACAACCUCUUCAUCUUGUCAUUUUCUCAGAGCAAGAGCGUCCAUUCGUUUGACUAUGACUGGUACAAUGUAUCAGACCAGGCAGAUCUGAAGAACCAGUUGGGAGAUGCCGGCUAUGUUGUGUUUGGAGUGGUCCUGUUUGUGUGGGAACUUUUACCUACUACCUUAGUUGUUUAUUUCUUCCGAGUUAGAACUCCUACAAAAGACCCUACUAGCCCUGGGAUGGUCCCCAGCCAUGGAUUCAGUCCCAGAUCAUAUUUCUUUGACAACCCUCGAAGAUACGACAGUGAUGAUGAUCUUGCCUGGAACGUUGCCCCUCAGGGACCCCAGGGGAGUUUUGCUGCAGACUAUUAUGACUGGGGACAACAACCUAACAGCUUCACGGCACAAGGAGGAACUUCACCACAAGUUUCAACCUUGGCUCCUGAAAAACCAAGCCAUGGGUAG